UGUGAGAUAGUUACAGUUGUGCAGUGGACAGGGCAGGAACUAAGCCGCUUCACCUCCGCUUCUCUCUUAGAAUAUGAUCGUGCAGAUGGGCAUCUGCGUCGAGAGAGUGAUCUUAUUUUUAUGAGAACGGCGCGCGCGCAGGAAACAAAUAUCUUCUUUCAAAGUGUCGUUGCGCUCACUUUGACCGGUAAUAGUACGAGACUUGGUGAAAUCUCCAGCUAUAGGGAAACCGAAGUGCUUAUUCCCUGUAGCCACUCUGCCUCCGCUCUCUUUUGAACGACAAUACAGAAACUUUGCACUGUAGUCGAAGAUUACCUCAGCGUUUUUCUCUCCUCAGAGCGUUACGACGGCAUAUUCCUGCUGGAUAAGUGCCGCUGUGAAAGGAAAAAAAAACAUCACUUAAAUAUCACAUUUUUCAGCGAUUUUGGAUGCACCGAUGAGAGAUCCAGUUUUUUCAGGCAGUGCCAUGGCUUACCACCCUUUCCACGCUCACCGGCCCACCGAUUUCCCCAUGUCAGCGUUCCUGGCGGCCGCUCAGCCCUCCUUCUUCCCGGCUCUAGCGCUGCCGCCCGCCGCUCUCACUAAGCCGCUGACGGAGCACAGUCUGGCUGGAGCCGCCGAGGCUGCGCUCCAUCCGGCGCUCAGUCACCACCACCAGGCCGCUCAUCUACGCAGCCUCAAAAGUCUCGAGCCGGAGGAAGAGGUGGAAGAUGAUCCAAAAGUCACACUGGAAGCGAAGGAUCUAUGGGACCAGUUCCACAAAUUAGGAACAGAGAUGGUUAUUACUAAAUCUGGCAGGAGAAUGUUUCCUCCCUUUAAGGUCCGAAUAAACGGACUUGACAAAAAAGCCAAAUAUAUUUUGUUGAUGGAUAUUGUGGCCGCUGAUGACUGCCGCUACAAGUUCCAUAACUCGCGCUGGAUGGUGGCAGGGAAGGCCGACCCGGAGAUGCCCAAGCGCAUGUACAUCCACCCGGAUAGUCCAGCUACAGGAGAGCAGUGGAUGGCAAAACCUGUCGCUUUCCAUAAGCUCAAACUGACGAACAACAUUUCAGACAAGCAUGGAUUUACUAUACUGAAUUCAAUGCAUAAAUACCAGCCCAGGUUCCAUAUUGUGAGGGCCAACGAUAUUCUGAAGCUGCCCUACAGCACUUUCAGGACAUAUGUGUUUCCCGAGACGGAAUUCAUUGCUGUCACUGCCUAUCAAAACGACAAGAUUACACAGCUGAAGAUUGAUAAUAAUCCCUUUGCAAAAGGCUUCAGAGACACGGGAAAUGGAAGGAGGGAAAAAAGGAAGCAGUUAACUCUGCCCUCUUUACACAUGUAUGAGGUUGGUCAGUGUAAAGUGGACCGGGAAGGGGCAGACUCAGACGCGUCCUCAGGCGAACACGCCGCAGCCAGGGACUCUGUCCAUUCUCCUCUCGGACCUGCAUCGAGUCCUCUCGCUUUCACCAGAGCCAAUAGAGAAGAUAAAGCUUGCUCUGACAGUGAGCAUGAAGCUGAGCACCAAGAGGAUCGCUGUGGAGGAUCGAGCAGUCCUAAACCACCCUCUCCAUUCAGCCCCAGAUGUGAAGAGCAGUCGAGAGAGAGGCAGAACACGGAGAAGAAGGAGGACUUGUCGGAUUCAAGAAAGCAAAACGAGUCCAUAUUUAGCCUAGGCAACCUCGACAAACAGGAGAACAAGCACAGGAAAGAUAGUACAGAAUCGUCUAAGAAGGACGUGGACAAUGUUGGUCUUAGCGGAAGUAAAGACAGUUUCUCGCCACUUAUGGUCCAGACAGAGAGUCCAUCACAUUUCGGAGCAGGACAUCUGCAGAGUCUAGCUCUCUCUGGCCUGCACAGUCAACAGUUCUUUAACCCUCUGAACACCGGACAGCCUCUGCUCUUUCACCCAGGACAGUUCGCCAUGGGCCCUGGAGCAUUUUCUGCUAUGGGUAUGGGACAUCUACUGGCUUCAGUAUCAGGAACAAGCGGCUUGGAGAAUGGCAGUCUUCCGGCACAAGGGGCCGGAAGUAAUCCUAAUCCAUUUCCCUUUCACCUGUCUCAGCACAUGCUAGCCUCUCAGGGUAUCCCCAUGCCUCCAUUCGGUGGUCUGUUCCCCUACCCGUACACGUACAUGGCUGCAGCAGCUGCCGCGGCCUCUGCGCUCCCCGCCAGCAGCACUUCCUCUUCUCUCUCGCGAAACCCGUUCCUAAACAGCUCACGGCCGCGGCUACGCUUCAGUCCCUAUCAACUUCCAGUGGCUAUUCCUCAAAGCACAAACCUGCUCACCACUGGAUUGGCAGGUGGCCUGAAUCCCUCAUCGGAGUCCUCGAAAUCAGGCAGCAGGGAGGCUAGUCCUGUGCCCGAUCAACACAACCAUAAAGCCGCGUCCUCUCAGAGAAACGGCUCUCCCAAAGCCACACUGAAGGAGUCCAUCAAUGAACUACAGAACAUCCAAAGGCUAGUGAGCGGCCUGGAAAGCCAAAGGGAGCCAUCCUCACCCAGGAACUCUCCCAAAUGAGCCAGGAUCAACAAACCUAUCCAGGGCAUGACUUGAACUGGCAGAGGAUGUUAUUAUUAAGUGGCUAUCGGAAGGAUCUUCGUAUACUUUUUUUUUUUAACCAGUGGAUGUUCGCAGUGGCAAUAGCAAAAAAAGAAGGAAAAAAAUUAUUAACAAAAUAAUUUGUUGAAUAAGAAUUAACUUGGUGCUCUCGUGGUGGAAACUUGA